CCACAGCUCAAUCAAGGCUCUUACACCGAUCUCUCUCUCUCUCUCUCUCUCUCUCUCUCAGCCGCGGAUUAGAAGUAGAAUUUUAGUGGACCAAAUUUUCCGGGAAAGUCGAAGAAAGUCCAAGAAAGAUAUAGAAAGAAACAGGCAGGGGAUAGUGUUCUCUUUCAAGAUCUGCAUUGCCAAUCUUUAGUGAAGUAACAUUUAGCAGUAUCUGCUAGGAUGACUUUGAGUAAUGGGAAGGUUCACUCUGUGACUAGUAAUGGAGGAGAUGCGAUCAAACCCUUCAAGAUCUUCGUGGGUUAUGAUCCACGCGAGGAUCUUGCCUACGAGGUCUGUCGCCAUUCGAUCUUGAAGUGGUCGUCGAUCCCCGUCGAGAUCAUACCAAUAAAACAGUCAGAUCUGAGAAAGAGUGGUCUAUAUUGGCGCGAAAGAGGCCAAUUCGAGAGCACUGAGUUCUCGUUUUCUCGGUUCUUGACACCUUGCUUGGCCAAUUAUGAGGGUUGGGCAAUGUUUGUGGACUGUGAUUUUCUGUACUUGGCAGACAUUAAGGAAUUGAGGGACUUGGUCAAUGAUAAGUAUGCAAUUAUGUGUGUUCAGCAUGACUAUGCCCCAAAAGAGACUACAAAAAUGGAUGGGGCGGUGCAAACAGUGUAUCCAAGGAAGAAUUGGUCUUCGAUGGUGCUGUACAACUGUGGACAUCCCAAGAACCGGGUCUUGACACCUGAGGCCGCGAAUACCCAAACGGGUGCUUUUCUUCAUAGGUUUCAGUGGCUUGAGGAUGAUGAAAUUGGGUCAAUCCCAUUUGUUUGGAAUUUUCUUGAGGGUCAUAACAAGGUUGUUGAGAAUGAUUCCACGACCUUCCCUAAGGCGAUACACUAUACUCGUGGAGGACCCUGGUUUGAGGCUUGGAAGAAUUGUGAGUUUGCAGACCUGUGGUUGAAUGAAAUGGAGGAGUACAUGAAGGAAACAAAGAAGAAAAUUGAAGAGUAGAUUGAAUCUACAGGCGUCAUAAUACAUUUAUAUUCUAAUAUUGUUAGUAGAUUACUUUUCUUCAUGCGUUAUUCUUUAUGUUGAAUUUGUUAUGUGAAUCCUAGAGCUGAUGAUGAUUUAAUAGCCAGUAGAACCAUAGACAUUGCAGGCAUAUAUGUAAUGCCUUAGCAGCAGUUCUUUGCACUAGUUUUUAUAUAGGGAUUGCAGCCAUGUAUCUGCAUUACAUAUGUUCGAUUGUUUUAGUACCACAUUUGGGUGUAACUUUUUGCUUCUUAUGCAAUGGAAUUGAUUUAUUUACCAGAA